CUCCUCACAAGUUCCCCCAGUCAAAACCCACACUGGUAUAUAAAUACAAAUCUGAACUAUCAGCUUCCAUUCCUCUGUUUUACCAUGCAAGGGCUCUUCCUCUGCUGCCUUGUGGCCCUGGCCACAUGUCAAAGUGUCCAUUAUGAGCUCGGCCUGAACCCAAAGAAAACCUACGAGUACAAAUAUGAGGGAGGGGUGAAUUUUGGACUCGGCAUGCCAAACCUUGCAGAGUCUGGUGUAAGAAUGACAUGCAAGGUCAAGAUCACUGGUGUGUCUGCACAAACAUUCACCCUACAGGUUUCAGAUUUGGCCUUCGAGGAGUUCAAUGGCCUCCCAGGGAAAAGUGGCUUUAAUGCCUCUCCAAAGCUCACCCAGCGUAUUGCUGCCCAGCUCGUCAAAACCUUCAUGUUUGACUACGCUGGUGGACAUGUUGGUGACAUCCGCGCUUCUGCUGAGAUUCCUGACACUAUUGUCAACAUUGUGAGAGGGAUACUGGGUUUCUUCCAAGUCACCGUCAAGACCACACAGAGAAUCUAUGAGCUUGAAGAGAUUGGCAUCCAUGGCAAGUGUCAGAGUAACUAUGCUACUGAAGAAAACAUGGAAACAAAGGACAUGACCAUCACUCAGGUUGUAGAUGUCACUGACUGCAGGGAGAAAGCAGCAAUCUACAAGGGAAUGGCUACUGCAGUGCUCGAUAAAGUCUCCGAACAGAGAGGGCAAACUGUGAUUUCAACGGUGAGAUAUGUUUACACAGUCAAACCAACAGCAGACGGAGGUCUCAUCACCAGGGCUCACGGCCUGGAGCGACAGCACUUCAGUCCCUUCAAUGUGAAGGGCGGCAAUUUCAAGAUGCAAGCGACGAAGGAAAUAGUGCUGCUCGGUGUGAGUGACACAGCUGGAGCUGUCACGUUUGGGCCAAUGGAAAGCAAGGGCAACCUUGUUUACAAGUUUGUCAGUGCAGAGGCUAAUGUCCCUAUUAUAAUGCAGAACCUGGAGGACCCAGUACCAAAGGCUAUUGAGUUGAUCAAGCAUCUGGCUGAAGCUAAUAUAUACCAGAUUGACAGUGCAACAACUGAGGAUACUAUAAAGCUGUAUCAACUUCUGCGAGUGACGCCUUACGAAGGAUUAGAAGUCAUGUGGAAGCAAUUUGCAGGAAAUGAAGAGCACAGACGUUGGUUUUUGGACAUGAUUGUUGAGGUCAGCGACGCCAGAAUCCUGAAGUUCCUGGAGGUUAGGUUCAAGGCUGGAGAUGUGGCUGCGUAUGAAGCUCUGGAAACCCUUGUGCUGGCGAUUAACCAUCUGCAGGCUAUUCCUGAGCUGGUUGAGAUGGCUAAAAUGUUCCUGAACAUCCCCUUCUGUAAAUCCGAUAUCUAUCUGUGGCAUACUGUGGUGCUUUCCUACGGCUCUUUGGUGUACAAGCACUGUGAAUUUUAUACACCUUGUUCAGUAACUGCUGUUCAGCCACUGCUGGACAUGGCCAUGGAAAGUCUGAAGAAUGGCAAUGAGGCAGACAUGGUCAUUGCUCUGAAAGCUCUGGGGAAUGCAGGUCAUCCAGGCAGCAUUAAAACCAUCAUGCGCUUCCUCCCUGGAGUUGCUGCCACCCCUGUGGAUCUGUCCGCUCGUGUGCUGAGUGCUGCUGUACAGUCUAUGAGACUCCUAGCUACCAGAGAUCCUCGCAGUGUCCAAGACAUCACCAUGAGUCUGUUCCUGCAGAAAAACCUUCCCACUGAGAUACGCAUGCUGGCCUUCAUGAUCCUGUUUGACACUAAGCCACCAAUGGCUCUGGUGUCCACAGUGACUGCUCAUCUACAUGAAGAAAAAGACCUCCAUGUUGUUAGUUUUGCAUACUCCUACUUGAGAAGUGUUGCCAGAUCCAGUACUCCAGACAAUCACUUCCUCUCCACUGCCUGCAAUGUAGCCGUGAAAAUCCUGGCCCCUAAGUUUGGUCGUCUCAGCUAUCACUACAGCAAAGCAAUGCGCAUGGACUGGUUUAAUGAUGAUUUCCUAAUUGGUACAGCCACAGAAGUCUUCAUGCUAAGAAGUGCAACGGACAUCUUUCCCACUGAAAUCAUGAUGAAAGGAAAAUUUUACUUCAUUGGUAGAAUUCUGCAGCUACUGGAGUUGGGUAUCCGUGCUGAAGGAAUUAAGGAGCUGCUUGGCACCAGCAACCCUAGAUUUACAGGAGAUCUUAGUUUUAAUGACUUUCAGGCUAUUUUCGAUGUGCUUCAAAACUGGGAAAUUCUGCCCAAUGAUAAGCCCAUCCUUUCUGCCUAUACACGCGCCUCCGGACAAGAGUGGAUCUUUGCUGAUUUUAACAAAGACUUCAUUGAGAAUAUCAUCAGGGCUGUCAGUCCUUCUGCAGGGAAAGAAAGCCCUGUGUGGGCUGCGAUUGAGAAUUUACAGAGGGGAGUAUCAUGGCAUCGGACAAAGCCAUUCUUAAUCGCUGAGGUUCGCUACUUCCAAGCUACCACCCUGGGACUCCCACUGGAGAUCAGCAAAUAUUAUGAAACCAUCAAUGGGAUCACUGUUAAUGCUAAAGCCGCAGUAAAUCCACCACUGACUGAACAUCUUGGACAACUGUUGACUUCUGAAAUUUCACUGGAGACUGAUGGUUUUAUUGGUUUCACAGCAGAUUUUUGGGUUUUCUAUGGGAUCAACACAGAGAUGUUCCAGUGUGGUUCUGAGUUUAAGAGCAAAAUACCUAUUGCUAUCCCAUGGAAGUUUGGUGCCAAGAUCAAUGUCAGAGAAAAGAAGUUUGAACUCGACAUCCCUGCAUGCAAAAAAGAGUUUGAACUCUUUUCAGUCAGCUUCAACGUGUACGCAGUCUCCAGGAACAUCGAAGAGCCAGCUUUGGCUAAAAUGACUCCAAUGAUGCCCAACGCUAUUGACUCCAAUGAUGAAGUCAUCUACAUGAACCCCACAGUUGCGAGGCCUGAGUCUUAUCAGCAGACCCGGAGACCAAACACCUGGCAUCCACGAACCAGAAUGUGUGCCGAGAGUAACAUUUAUGGAGCCGGUCUCUGUGUGGAAUCUGAGUUAAGGAGAGCGUAUUAUCAUGAGGAAUACCCCCUGUACUAUUUCCUGGGAUACACCCGUGUGGCAUUCAAAGUAGUCCCAGCCCAGGCAAUCAAAGCUGUUGACAAAAUCCACUUUGAGGUUAAUGCUGGCCCGAGCCGACAUCCAUUGAGCGCACGCCAACUGCUUGAGACUCUGAGGAGGCUUUCCAAGGAAGCCACCCAGCGAGUACGUCUAUCCUCUGAUUCAGCCUCAAGCAUCGGAGGAUCUGAUCACAGCCAUCAUGACAACAUAAUGGAAGGCUGGGAGUCAACACCUGAAGCUGUAGUCAAUAUCAAAUCCUUUGCCAUGAGUGGCAACCAGAAGCCCGAGGGUUACGAUGUGGCCAUCUACUACACGCCUGAGGCAAACAUUCAGAGCGCCCAACUGAUUGUGUCCCAGGUUGGGGAAGACACCAACUGGAAGAUGUGCGUUGACACCAUUGUGAAUGCCCAUGCUGAGGCAAAGGCACACGUUAGAUGGGGAGCUGAAUGUCAGUCCUAUGAAAUGUCAUUGAGAGGUGCAACUGCAUAUCUGCCUGGUUCCAAGCCAACGCUCAAGGCCAAAGCUCACUGGACCAGGAUCCCAGAAACUAUGGCAGAGAUGGGCAGAAGGAUUGAAAACUACAUCCCAGGCAUGGCUUUCCUUCUAGGCUUCUCCCAGAGAAAUGAGAGAAAUGCCAAGCACGAGGUUUCUGCAUCAGUUGUUGCCACCUCAGGAGACAGCGUCGAUGUGAAGAUUAAAUUCCCAGAGUAUAUAGUCUACCGCCAGGCUUUUCCAGUUCCACUGCCAACUGCCAGUUUUCAGGAGUUUCAACACGACAUCAGAAACACAACAAUAGACAGCUUUGGACGCGCAUAAAAACAUAAAGACAACAAAGCCCAGAUGGGAGCCAGAUGCCUCUUUUCACAGUGAUAACACUGCAACCAAAAUCUCAAGAUGAAAGUGAGGAUCAUAAAAGAUGCAUCAGUAAUCUGUCAGAUGUCACCAGUUUGGCAAUAACCUGUAAAGGUCCUGAUUUAUUCAUUUGAAAGCAUGUUAAUAUUUGAACACCCUCAUUGGAAGACACAUUGUGUAAAUUCAUGCUUAUGUCCCAAACUAUUGUAUCUUCAUAAUAUUGGAUUCACCAAAAGAUUUUGUUCUGAUUCUGUCAGUAUAAAUACUUUUAUCAUCCAAACAUUGUGUUAAAUCUGUGAUGAUUAUAAUGCAGAGCAAGCUGUUUUUUUCUUACUUUUUCUCUUGCCUUAACAACAUAUAAUGAAUUGCCAACAAGUUCAGUUUCUGCUUGUUAAUACACCAAGAAAAAAAAAAAGUAGCUGGAUUGUAGUUACAGUAGACAUUUUCAUGAUGUAUAAUUUAUAACCAGAUUACCGAUUUAUGAUACCACACUAACUGGGAUGUAAUCUGAGCUCAUUAAUAAAUAUCAACAAUAUUGCUAGUUUAGACAAUGAUCAGCAGUACUAAUGAAAUCCCUGCAACUCCUGAAAAGCUUGUAAUAACUUGUCAUAAAAUCGCAUUUUUUAAAUUAA